AAAACAUAUUUUUGUAUUCAUGCUGUUGGUACAAAUGCUUAUUGCUGCAUUCAUAUAUUGCCUAAAGGAUAAUUGCCUGACGUCAUGCAACCACCCGAACUGCAGGGACACACAAAUUUAGUAAGUUUAUGAGUAUUUGAUAAUAAAAUAGUUCAAACAAAAAUAGAUAAUCACCAUCUUUCUUUGAUUGAAGUAUCACUCGUGUAGAAGAGGAAAUAAAUAAUAAUUUCAUAUCUAAUUUAAUGGCCUAAUUGAAACAAAUUAUCCUUAAUAUAUGGUCAGUUUAAUGUAUUCCAAUUUAACGGCCGAUAUAAACAAAAUUUCUGCUUUCAUCACUUUUAUCCUUAUUUACAUAGCCAGUCUAUACUAUUAUGUAUACAUCUUGUACCCACCCAAGCAUUCAACAGAAAGCAGAACGUACCUCCAUCACCAAAGAGCUGAUAUCUUAGAAAUUGCAUAUUGUAAUACUCAUUUUGACGUCAUAGUAUUUUUGUGUAUGUAAUCUUGCGUUACGUUGCUAUGAUAAAUAAAUAUGACUGAAAAAGAGCAGUAACACGGUCGAAAUAUUGCAGGAAAGUGUUUAGAGUUUUAAAAAAGAAAUUUUUUACUCCCAUAAAAGAGACCCAGGAGCACGAGUUUCACAAUAUCACUUAAAUUCAGUUCAGCUGUUUGGUGUCUACAACUCUUCUAGAAAAAUUUCAUAGAAAUGUAUGAAUCAUAAUGUCCCAUUCCCUAACCCAAGGCCAUGAAUUGCAUAAUACUGUAUCACUAUUAAUAGUUUCAAGUUGUCUGUGUAUGUAAUUAGAUGAUAGCAUAUCCGUGGAGAUCAACAAAAUUUGCUAAAUGUGAAUUAAGAAAUGUGGAUUUAAUGUCAGAAAGAAAGAAUGUCAGGUUCAUCCAAUUUCAACAUGCUCACCAAGCUGUAUGUGCAUCAUGUGCUUGAAGGUUUCUUAAACUGUGACCAUGCAGAACACAUGCUAAUGCAAAGAAAGAUGAAAGAUGGGCAAACAUGCAUGUCCCAUAUUGUGCAUGCAUUAAUGCUUGGAACAAGGAGUAGUUUGGUUUUAGGCAGCCAAUUAACAUUCAAUCAAAAACUAGUAACUCAAAUCACAAACAUUGAUUGAUAUAAUGCAGAUUGCAGACAAUGACAGGUAUUGGUUCCCUUCUGAUUCCACUGUGCAAAGUCUGACAAUACAAGUACAUCAGGUGAAGUAUAGAUGUAACAAUUGAUAUCAACAAUAUAUAAAGUUAUCAGUGGUUGGAGAGCCUCUACAGAACACGACAGAUAGGGGCUGCUUCUUCUGCCUCACACUACAAGACUGGAACUUUAUCACUUAUCUGAUUCUAAUUCAAAGGAGCAUCCUGGAUUGAUGGUAUUUUUAAAAUCAGGUGUUUGAAGGAUAGAAUUCCACACACAAUCGAAACUACCAAAUGGAUGCUUUAGAUAAAAAGGAAAAUUCUUCUCACCAAGGAUCACAAAUUCUUGUAAUGAAUAAUGGACUUUCCAUAUACUUAUUUUGCCAAGGAUAAUAUGUGUUGGCAUUUUUUAAAAGACAAUUUAAGGAUAUUCAAAAAGAGUAUCACUAUUGUAUUUCCAUGUGGGAUAAUUUAACUGCAUUGCAAAGAUACAUUGGUGGUAAGAACAUAUAAAGAAAUUUCUGAAUACUUCUCCUUCCGACAGAGAGAUAUGCCUUUGUAGCAGUUAUCAAAUAUAUACAAGGUGCCCGAUACAUGUGUACAACCACAAACUUUCAAGCGGGUGUAAAUCUUAUUAAUCCAUUGAUCAAUACAAUCAUCUCAGAAGAGGAAAAAAAAGGUACUUUCAAAAUCAGAUGAUAUAGCCCCCACUUGAAUUUGUUUCCUCUGUAUGUACGGGAUUAAUCAGAUGCUGAUCAGCUGUAUCCCAGGUAGAAGGCAUUGAUGGGAUAGAUUUUACUUGUGUGUAGCUACCAGCACUACUGUGUGGACCAGUAAGUGCUAGUGAUUCGAGGACUGCAGCUGGAUAUUAGUCUGCAGCUUGAAAGUUUCUGCAUCAAUCAGGUAAAAUUCUGUUGGAAGCUUAGAUCAUCCUUGAAUGUGAGGAAAUUUGGCUGCAUUAUUUUUCGACUGGAAUAUAGACAGAUUGGUUGAAAAUGCAUGAUUAUACAAGGAAAAUUCCUAACAAUGGAAUAUAAGUUCAAGGUUUGCUCUAAGUGCCUUUACCAUGUGAAAAGAUAAAACGUAAUUUUGGUUCAAUAAUCUACAGUACAAACCAUUGUUUAAAAUUCCAAAGGGACCAAAUUCUUUUAAAUGCCGAUUGGAAAUGUGAACACCUAUGAUAACAUUACAUCUUCCAGUGGAUUAACCAAUGGAAUGUUUGUGCUGGAAAAUAGCAGUGUCAGUCUUAGGACAAAGGGGUGUCCAUUUAACCAAGGAGAAUUCAAUGGAUCAGUCAACUGCACAGAUAUUCUUACCAUUGAAGAUGGACAUCAGGGAUAUAAUUGGCCAAUACUUCUCCUGACCCCUCUGAUAUUUUUUGGAGUGGGUGGGAAUAUUUUAGUGUGUAUGGCCAUUUCUAUGGAGAAACGUUUACAAAGUGUAACAAAUUAUUUUCUGCUGUCUCUUGCCAUUACUGACCUCCUGGUCUGCAUCAUAGUAAUGCCAUUCACAGUUGUGAAUGAUUUCACAGGAUACUGGUUAUUUGGGCCAAUCAUCUGUAACCUCUAUGUGACUGCGGAUGUUUUAAUGUGCACUGCAUCCAUACUGCAUCUCUGUACCAUAUCUCUAGAUCGUUACAUGGCCAUACGAUCACCGCUGACAACUAGAAACAUCUCCAAAUCUAUUGUCAUCAUUAAACUAGCCAUUGUUUGGAUCACCUCAUUAGCUAUAUCUAGUCCAAUAACCAUAUUAGGUUUCAUUAACGAGGGUAAUGUUUACUCUAAUCAGCACUGUGCAUUAUCCAAUGGUAAUUUCAAAAUCUAUGGAUCUGUCUGUGCUUUUUUCAUUCCACUAGUUAUCAUGGUUUUGUCUUAUGGAUUGACACUGUACACCUUAAUAAGCCAGUCAAACAAACUCCAUGCUCAAGGAAAGGAAAAUGAGCAGCCUGUUAUUAGACGCUCCUUGAGCAGAAAGCCAAUAAAACGAGGGACCAGGGUAAGAUUUCAGACAAGAAAUCGGGCCACCCACCAUCAGGAAGAUGCCAAUGAACACCUAUAUACACCAAUCAUCAAUCGAAAAUCCAAUCCCAAAUCAUUACAUUCAAGUAUGGAAAACAUUUCAGAAAUUUCAAGCCAGAAAGGCAUUUGUGCAUCAUCUCCAUUAUUAGACAACCACUUACAAUCCAGGAAAAAUCCAGUGAAAGAUUUAGAACUGUCAGAUUCUACAUGCCAUUUAAAUAUUGACCAAAGCCCUGGUGACAAGUCCAGAAAGGUCACACCUUGGGCAAGGUCCCGACUAAUCAUACCAAAUGGUCAUUCUAAUCACCUCAGAGGACUUGUCAGAAAGCACCAACUGGUUUUAAAGGCCACCAGCAUAUUACUAAUGAAGAAAACUCAUAUUCAGAAGCUAGAUGAUGUUCACACUGAGAAGAAGGCUUCUAAAGUCAUAGGAAUUGUAUUCGUCAUCUUCGUUGUGUGUUGGGCUCCAUUCUUCAUUCUCAACAUCAUGACACCGCUUUGUCAAGACUGCAAUUUUAAAGCAGCUUUGUAUGCAUCCUUCAACUGGUUGGGGUAUGUGUCCAGUACCCUGAAUCCAAUUAUCUACACCAUGUUUAACAAGACCUUCAAAAUGACCUUCAAGAAAUUACUGUUGUGUCGCUAUGACCGUAUUCAGAGGAAACAGAGAGUCCAGAGCUGGAUGGUCAGUAAUGGGUCUUUUUACCACAACGGAUCAGACUCCAACAACAGUAUUGAUAAGUGUGAAACGCCAUGUUAAAUGUUGCAAUAAAAACAAAAUGGAGAAAGGCGAUGAUAAUCAGCACUGUGGAUUACGACCAGCAGCAGUUGGAAACAGUAGAACAUAUAGGAUGUUAUAACUAGUAACUAUUGACAGAACUGGGACUGGUUUCCUUAGUUUCAUCCUAUGCGAUCUAUUGACGGAACUGAGACUGGUUUCCUUAGUUUCAUCCUAUGCGAUCAUUUGAAUCAAGAGUUCUGCAAACAAACUUUAUUAGAAAAUGAAAACUAAAUUCAUGUUGUUAUGAGUAAAAUGAAUACAAAUUACCAUAUGGAAUAUAAUGCAUUCCCAUGAGUUCUAAAUGACUAUAAGUACAGUGGGGAAAAUUUGUUAUAGAUUUCAAUAACUUUUGACAAUAGAAUUUUAAAAAAUGAAGAUUUAAAAGAAUGAAGUCCCCUAGCAUUUAAGGAAUUUUGUACUUUUGUACUUAUUAAAACCAAACUAAUUAAGCCAUAAAAUUGAUAUCAACCCAUACAUCCAUUUUUUUUUGUCCUUAAGAAUUUUUGUCUCUUAAUUGUUUUAUGAUUAUUCAUUUUGGUAUAUUAUAUAAUUUAUGUACUGUCAUAAUUGUCCUAUCUAAAAUAAAUGUACAAUAAUACAGAGAGUGCUUCAAAUACUUGUUGCAAUAUAUUUGUCACAGACUUGAAAUUUAUAUACAGUAUACUUCAUGAGUUGAUUAACCUGAGCUGUGAUAGAAUAAACAUUUCAGAUCAAAAA